AUGCCAGGUAGCCGCCUUAACCCCAAAUACGGCGUCUACGCAGCCCCAAUAACCUUCUUCAACGAGGAUGCGUCCCUGGACCUCCCCAGUACCCUUGCACACGUACAGCGCAUGGCUGUGGCUGGAAUCGCGGGCCUUGUAAUCCAGGAUAGUAAUGCCGAUCUCAACCAUUCGGAAUGCAUGGCCCUUGUCCAAGCGAUCCGGGCACACUGCAACGAAAUCGGACAUCAAGAUGUCCAGCUAAUAGUCGGAUGCGGCACUACCAGUGUACAAAGCACUCUCGACCAUAUAGCUGAGGCGAGAGAUUCAGGGGCGGACUUUGCUCUCGUCCUACCGCCCACACCCUGGAUUGCUGCAAUGAAUGUGCCCCUUCUCGAGGGAUUCUUUUGUGAUAUUGCCGCCAAGUCGUCGCUCCCACUGUUAAUAUACAACUUCCCCGGCGUUUCCAGUAGCAUCGACGUAUCCUCUGACGCUAUUAUCCGCGUCCCAUACAGCGUUCCCAGUAUCAACGGGCUGAAAUCAUCAUGUACCAGUACUGGUAGACUCACCCGGAUCUCCGCAACGCUGUGGCCACUCUCGUCCGCUGCACUUGGUGGGAAAUCCGACUUUUUUGAUACAUCCCUGUUUGGCAUCCAGGGCGUUAUAUCCAUGUUAGCUAAUAUCGCGCCCAAGGUGCAUGUUCGACUCCUCAGUUUGUACCGUGCGGGCGACUUACAAGGGGCGAAGGCACUUCAGGCGAAACUUGCACAUGCUAACAGCGCAUUGACCAAGGUUGGGGCUGCGGGAGUGAAGGCUGUUAUUGCUCAUUAUUUUGGCUACGGUUCUGCCAGGGCGUGCCGGCCGCUUGCUUACACCACGAUGGGCCUUGGUGAUGAGGUUCUGGAGAUAUUUGCGGAGCUUACUAGGCUGGAACAUAGCAUGUGA